GUGUGAAUAUAUCUCACUUUUGUAGCUUGGUAAAAUGUCCAAAAGCAGCAAGGAUAAAAUUCCUAACUCUCCCAACACUUUGCUUCAUUACUUCGCUCGUUCGCCGGCGAGCGCGAAGAAAAUAACCAAUCCCUCAACUCCCACCAGUGCACUGGCAUCGAAGUCUGCCUCCAAAGUAAGCAGCGGUACACCGAAAGCUAAAUCGGCCAUAAAGAAGGAGCUUGAAGUAGUAAAGGAAGAAAAGAAGGCUGUAGUACCCACUGUAAAGGACGAUGAUGAUGACGAAGAGGAAAUCAUUAGUCGAAAGAAACGCCGUCGCGUCAUAGUAUUUGAUGACCCUGAAGAUGAUGAUGGCUCCGGAGAAAACGAGGAAAACCGACAGCACAAUAAUAAUAACGAUCACGAUGUAGAAACGGGAACAAAACGUUUCGAACUUUCGUCAUUCGAACGUCCGGACGAAGUAGAAGAAACUUCCAGCAAUGCGAAAAUCACAAAGAAAAAAUCACAAGAUGCUGAGGAGCGCGCCGAAGAGCAGCCGGAUGAACCCGUACAAAAAAAGAUCAAACUCGAGCCCGAAAACAAUGGGACGGAUGAGCUGAAAACCACUUUGGACGAGCCGACCGUGUGGGCUCAUCAAAAGUUGGAUUUCUUAAAGCCAAAUAAGAUCAAAGAUAUCCACGGUCAUCGUCCGGGACAUGAGAAGUACGAUGGUAGAACACUGUUCGUGCCAGAGUCCUUCAAAACCACACUCACACCGGCUAUGCAUCAAUGGUGGGAACUCAAAAGCAACAACUUUGACUGUGUACUGUUUUUCAAAGUUGGCAAGUUCUACGAGCUUUACCACAUGGACGCCGAGGUAGGUGUGAAGGAGCUCGGGUUUUCCUUCAUGAAGGGCGAGUUUGCCCACUCGGGUUUCCCGGAGCAGGCCUACGAUCGCAUGUCAACCACGCUCGUCGAAAAGGGCUACAAAGUGGCUCGCGUGGAACAAACGGAAACACCGGAAAUGAUGCAGGACAGGUGCAAAUCUAUGCGCUCCGUCACCAAGUUUGACCGAGUGGUUCGGCGCGAGAUAUGCCAGGUGACGCUGAAGGGUACGGAGGUGUUUGGCCAACAGGUGCGAAUAACGGCCAACCAUCAGCCCCGAUACAUGAUGGCCAUCGUGGAGUCAGCCGCCCGCCAAGCGUUAUCCGGUGCUCGGUAUGGUGUUUGUUUUAUCGACACGUCGAUUGGCCGGUUCCACGUCGGCGAGUUUGAGGACGACCAUCAACAGUCACGGUUGCUAACUUUGCUGUCGCACUAUCCGCCCGUACUUAUGCUUCACGAGCGCAAUAUCGGCACUAGUGGAACGCAGCGCAUAUUUAAAACACUAUUGGCGAACGUAAAACGUGAAGCUCUCACAAAUGAGAGUCAGUUUUGGUCCGGCGAAAAGACGCUAAAGUAUCUGGCGGAGAAUUUCUACGGUGGUUCAGCCAACGAAUCAUCCAAGUGGCCCCAAGUGCUUCGCACGCUCGUUGACGACACGGACAGCUUGGGGCUGACGCCGAAGGAAUCUCAUCAGCUCGCGCUGAAAGCUCUUGGAGGAUGCGUAUGGUAUCUGCAGCGUUGCUUGCUCGAUCAGCAGGUCCUCUCGUUGGCCUCCUUCGAAGAGUACGUUCCUCUAGAUGAGCAGAGAGGAAUCCUAUCCGGAAACGAUCGUAUCGCCGAUGCGAACGCCAAUCGAUACAUGGUGCUUGAUUCGAUCACGCUGAAUAAUUUGAAAGUUGUUGGAAUGGAAGGAUCGCUCAUCGAGAGGAUGGACCAUUGCUGCACAAAGUUCGGCAAGCGCCUGUUUCAUCACUGGGUGUGUGCACCGAGCUGCGAAAGGACGGUGAUCCUCGAACGCCAGGAAGCCGUUAGUGAGCUGAUUGAAAACGUCAGCCUAUUGCAGGACGUCCGUCAGGUGCUCGGGCAGCUGCCCGACCUGGAGCGACUGCUCGCACAAAUCCAUGGUUUCGGAAAUGCCAAAUGCAGCCGCAAUCAUCCCGCCGGUCGGGCCAUCCUGUACGAGGAGCAUUCGUACGGGAAGAAAAAGAUUGGCGAUUUUAUUGCCACACUGAAUGGGUUCCGCUCUCUACUUGCCCUACCGGAGCUCUUCUCUGGCGUCAACGCUAAGCUAUUGGUCCGCCUGACGCAAACACCCAGCACCAACGCAGAUGGAAGCUUUCCUAAGCACAUGGAGACGCAAAUAAAGUUCUUCGAUAAUGCGUUCGACCACGAGAAGGCAAUGCAGGGAGGCGUGAUUGCACCGGAGAAAGGCGUCGAUGAGGAGUACGACGCGGUCGAGCAGGAUAUCGAGUCGUUGAAGCGCGAACUGGAGGAAUACCGCGAAGAGCAGAGCAAGUACUUCGGCUGCAACGUGGUGUACUUUGGAAACGAUAAAAAGCGCUUCCAGCUGGAAGUGCCGGAAUCGCGAGCGAAGAAAGCAACCAGCGAGUACACCCUGGAGGGCACCAGAAAGGGCAAGAACGCCGUCAAGCGAUUCCACACCGAUGAAACGCGCCAGUUUCUCCGGCAAAUGAUGCAACUCGAAGACCGACGCAAAGCCGUCCUGAAGGAUCUGGCGAGGCGUAUCUUUGAAAAGUUCUCGCUCGAGUACGACAUGUGGAAGAGCUGCGUCGAGUUGGUGGCAACGCUUGACGUUCUCACCUCGCUGGCCGUAUAUGCUCGCUCCGAGGGAGCUGCGUGUGUGCCGGAACUGGUGGAAAAGAAACACGCCGGCCAACAGUCUCUCAUCGAACUGGAGGAAGGUAUUCAUCCGUGCAUCGGUGCGGACGCGGCCGAAAAUUACAUUCCAAACGGUAUCACCAUGGGUGCCGUCGAAAAAGAGAAUGGGGCAAGUCUGGUGCUGCUUACCGGACCCAACAUGGGUGGUAAGAGUACGCUGAUGCGUCAGGUCGGUCUGCUGGCAAUCAUGGCCCAGAUUGGUUCGCGCAUUCCUGCCCAAAGCUGCCGCAUGACGCUAAUCGAUCGAAUCUUCACAAGGCUUGGUGCAAGCGAUGAUAUUAUGGCCGGCCACAGCACGUUCUUGGUGGAGUUGAAUGAAACUUCCGCAAUUCUGAAGCACGCCACGCGCGACAGUCUGGUGUUGUUGGACGAGCUGGGCCGUGGAACCGCCACCUACGACGGUACGGCCGUUGCUGGUGCUGUGGUGCACUUUUUGGCCGACCUGAAGUGCAGAACCAUCUUCUCGACGCACUACCAUAAUCUGGUGGACAAUUUCCACGAUGAUCCACGUAUCACUCUCGGUCAUAUGGCCUGCAUGGUGGAGAAUGAAGAAAGUGAUGAUCCGACGCAGGAAACGGUAACGUUCCUCUAUCGGUACACCGACGGUGCGUGCCCAAAGUCGUACGGGUUCAACGCAGCAAAGCUUGCGGGAAUGCCGUCGGCUAUCAUUAAACGGGCUUAUGAGCUCUCUAAAACGGUGGAGGCUGAAGCGCUAAAGCGUAAAAUACUAAUGAAGCUGCUAACAAAACAACCUCAAGCUGAUAUUAAGGAUCUCGUCGUUAAGCUUAAAAGCUCCCGUUUUUAAUCCGAUCCGAAUUUCUGUCCUUCAAUUUUCUUGUUUUGCUAAUUUGUUUCCCCAAUAUUACUUGUAUACGUUUAGAAUUUAGUAUGUGCCAUAAGUACAAACACUUUUAAGUAAUAAACCAUUUUCUGAUGAACUCAAACGUAACUCAUGUAUCGGAA